CGUUCAUCUUCUUAUUCCACCCUACCCUCUUCCUCUCUCCGUUCUCUCCUCCACAUAAUUCCCAGCAACGCCGGCCUCGAACGCAUCCCCCGUCGUUGUUUUUUUUUCUCCGGCUCGAAGCACCGCAGUCGGUUUCCUUCAUCGGCUUCCUUUCCUGCCCCAGGCUAUGGGUCCCAUCUGAACCUUGGCCAGCCGCCCUCAUUUUCCAUUUUUCUUUGGAAUUUCCCGAACCCAGGGUAGCCCGUUGUUCCCGGACCCUCUCCUCUGUUCCCACACACUGAGCAUCGCAGAUAUCUAUCCUUCCUCCUUCGUCUCCGCGACAGGACCCGCCGCCUUUGUUUCAUCAAUCCCUCCUGUGUCUUCAAGCGCUGGAUUAUAGGAGCAACAGAGGCACUUCCUACCCGCCCACCUGCCCUUCUGCCUUGCCUAUCUGCUUGCCUGGUGUCCCAGAUCACGGGCAUGCGCCACCUCUCGUGAGGCUCGAUAACUCACCUGCCCACCUCUCACCUUGUCACCCGGCCGUCAUCACAAUCCGGGCGCCUGGUGUUUUGACGGCCGCACCCGUCACUUUUGCUCCAUUCUCACCUUGACUACCAAGCCGCUCGCCGCCCUCGCCGGCGACAUCCCCGUUUUGUCGGCUCCCAAGAGCCUAGUCUUCGGGCAGUAGCUGAGCGCGGCGAACCGCUCGGUGAAUCGCCUAGUGCCAUGGCCCAAAAGCCACAGGGCUCGGGUGCCUCUGAUGGCCAGGCCGCAUCGGCCAGAGGCACUGCAGACGCUGCACCAUCCAGCAAGCAAUCAAAUUCGGCUCACUCAUCGGUUUUGCCCAGGAUGUCUGACCCAGGCCCCAGUCACGGUCACGCGUCUGAGCCGAUGGUGAAGUCCAACUCGUCGUCGUCAAACCCGGCCUCAUCCAAGGACGCAGCCGGCAGCACCGCGUCGCCCUAUGGCACGCGGUCUAGGAACCGGAAUGGAAGUUCUCGCCCCAAUUACGCCGAGGACAAGGAUAUAGACAUGGAAAUCUUUGAACUCUACCCUGGGAGGGCCGACGACGAUGCCAAGAAGCCACCACGCCCGGUCGCGUCCACGACGCCCAGCAACAACGGCAUGCCUGCCACCAGCACCGCCGCCACCGCCCCGGCUGCUUCUGCUGCUGCCGCGGUGAAUGAUGCGCCGCCACGCGCGCCCGGCGGCUCCUCUAGGAAGCCUCUUCCCUCGGACAGCAAGCAUUCGCAAAACGGCGCCAAGGACCAGUCAUCAAAUUCUCAUCUGACGGCCUCUGCCGCCGCUGCUGCGGCCCCGGCACAAUCGUCCUCCAAGAAGCGCAAGGCCGCAUCCCAAGCUAGCCAGUCCUCCCACGCGGUGGCCGCCGACUCUCCUAGCACGGCGGUCGUGAUCAAGAGAUCGGGCAAUGCCAGUAAUGCGCCAUCUAGCGCGGCCGCGAGCCAGGGCUACGCGACCACCAAUUUGCUCACCUUCGAGGCCUGCGGCAACACGCCCAAGGAUGGUAAGAUGAUUGCCGACGAUGGCACGGAGCUAGCUGUGAACGACCAUGUCUAUUUGGUGUGCGAGCCCCCGGGUGAGCCGUACUAUCUUGCACGGAUCAUGGAAUUCCUUCACGUUAAGAACGAUCCGAGCCAGCCCGUGGACGCGCUCCGCGUCAACUGGUAUUAUCGGCCGAAGGACAUUGCGCGCAAGGCCAACGACACGCGGGCCGUCUUUGCGACGAUGCACUCGGAUGUCAGUCCGCUGACCUCGCUGCGUGGCAAAUGUGUCAUCAAGCACAAGGCCGAAAUCGCAAAGCUGGAGGAGUAUCGCAAAAUCCCCGACUACUUCUGGUUCGAAAAGCUGUACGACCGGUACAUCCAGAAGAACUACGAGGUCAUCCCGACGUUCCAGAUAAUCAACGUGCCUGAGAAGGUCAAGAAGGUGCUCGAUGACCGGUGGAAGUACAUCCUGGUGGAGCAGGGCCGCGGGAAGGAGCUCACGAGCGCCGUAAAGCUGUGCAAGAGGUGUUCUGGCUACUGCGCUAGUAACGAUUCUGUCGACUGUGCCGUGUGUCAGAACACGUACCACAUGAACUGUGUGCGACCCCCCCUGCUCAAGAAGCCGUCACGUGGCUUUGCUUGGUCGUGUGCUGCCUGCAGCCGCGCCCAGGAGCGCAAGCUCGAGGCUCGCAACACUCCCAAUGUCGGCCUCGACUCCAACGCCGAGCCCGAUGAUGAGGAGCUCUACGACGAGGAGGAGGACGACCUGGCAGCUGCCGACACGGGCCGCACCAGCCCCGCGGACGGCCAUAAUGAGCCCCAUGCUCCCGUCAGCGCCGAGCAGAUGUACCAUGCCAGCCUGUGGCCCUACCGCUACCUGGGAAUUCACUGCAAGGUUGAGGACGUGCUUGACUAUGACGACCGCAUAUACCCCCGCGCCUCGACUCGCAUAGGCCCUCGCCACCAGGCCACCGUUCCCGACUGGCCAGGACGUCCUGUCGAGUAUGUGAAGCCAACCGAGGUUGAAGUCAGGAAGUCUGGACGCAAGGAUGGACGGUUGUCCAAGGAGGCACAGGCGGCUCUCGAGGCCGAGAAGAUCGCAAAGUCAAAGCGCCCGAAAUGGGUCCAGGACGAGCCCGCGGGAUACGUGGCGAGAGGCGAGGACUAUGAGAACGAGGAUCCCCGAAACACGGCACAGCUUCUCUGGAAGCCACUGGAGGCGGAGGCCAGCGACCUUCCCGAGAAUGCGAUAGAGGUCUACAUGAGUCGCGUGAGGGAGAUGAACAAAACCACGCUGCGCCUCCCUCACGAGUCGACCAACCUCCUGGAUGCCGCCCGAGACGUCCUUUAUGCUCACGACUACGACUUCAAGGAGGCCCUCAUCGAGCUGCCGCUCAUGGACAAGGAGGCGUUCAGGGAGCCUGAGCUGAGCCCGGCCGAGGUGAAGAGGUUCGAGGAGGGUGUUGCCAAGUUCGGAUCGGAGCUUCACAGCGUGAAGAAGCACGUCAAGACGGUUUCGCCCGGGGACAUCGUGCGCUUCUACUACACGUGGAAGAAGUCCAAGCGUGGCAAGGACAUCUGGGGCAACUACUCGGGCCGCAAGAGCAAAAAGGAGAUCAAGGAGGCAAAGAAGACCGAGGCAGCGUCCCAGAGUAAGAUGCAGGAUGACGUUGCCGACGAUCAUGACGACUCGGCAUUCGACGCCGAGAAGGCCCGCGACAAGAAACGCCAGUUCAUCUGUAAGUUUUGUAACACGAAACAAUCGAGACAGUGGCGGCGCGCGCCCAACGCCUCGGGAGCGCUCGUCUCGGAGAACGGAGGCAAAGGCGCGGGCAAAGACAAGGGCAACCAAUACGUCAUCGCGCUCUGCCGUCGCUGCGCCGAGCUCUGGCGCCGCUAUGCGAUCCAAUGGGAAGAUGUCGAUCAGCUUGUCAGUAAGGUGGCACAGGCUGGCGGCCGGGCCUGGAAGAAGAAGAUCGAUGAGGAGGUUCUCAAGGAGAUCGUGGCAGCCGAACAGAGGAGCAAGCACACAUCCUACAACAGCGGCGCCGAGACGCCACCCACCAGCACUGCGGCUGCCUCGAAGCAAUCGUCACCGGCCGCGCAGGAGCCUCCCAAGAAGAAGCUCAAGAUCGUGGCGGCGGAGAAGGAGGUGGAGCAGACGGGCUCCGAGUCGGGCAGCAUCCCUGGCGCCGUCGCGGCUCCGCACACCAAGAAGAAGGACAAGGGCGCAGACAAGGAGAAGGACAAGGCGGCGGACAAGGACAAGCUGGCGCCAGCGCCGCCCGUUCCCGAUAUGCCCAAGGCGCGGACCAUGCCGUGCGCCGUGUGCCGGCAGGUCGAGCCGCUGGGCGAUCAGCACCUGACGUGCAAGGAGUGCCGCGUGGCUGUGCACCGCAACUGCUACGGCGUCAUCGACAACCGCAACCCCGGCAAGUGGGUGUGUGACAUGUGCGCGAACGAUAGGAGCCCGCACGUCUCCAUUCAUUACAAAUGCGUCUUGUGCCCCGUCGAGCACACCGAGCACGACUUUGUCGGACCGCCCAAGAUCUCGCACAAGAAGCGUACCGAGAAGGACCGUGAGCGCGAGCGUGUCGAGCGCGAGAACGCCGUCAAGGCCGCCCAGUUCUACCAGAAGCGCCAGGAGGAGCUCAACCGGCCGGCCAACCCGCGUGAGCCCCUCAAGCGCACCGCCGACAACAACUGGGUGCACGUCACCUGCGCCGUGUGGACCCCUGAGGUCAAGUUUGGGAACGCCAAGGCCCUGGAGCCGAGCGAGGGCAUCCCGUCGAUUCCGCGGUCGCGCUACAACGAGGUGUGCAAGGCAUGCAAGAACACGGGCGGCGCCUGCGUGUCGUGCUCGCAAUGCCGCGCUCAGGUUCACGUCGAGUGUGCCCACCAGAGCGGCUUCCUGCUUGGCUUUGACAUUAGCCCUAUCAAGGGCUCCCGCCGCGAUCAGCACAACAUCGUCACCAUCAACGGCGAGACCGGAGUCAUGAGCGCCACCAUCUGGUGCAAGGAGCAUAUCCCGCAGAAGACGAUUGUGCAUCAGAUGUUCGACAUGGUAGAUGACACGGGCAUGAACGCGCUGCAGCUCUACGUGCAAAACUCCAAGCGGGCCGAUCUGACCCUCACAGGCUGCGCACGCAAGGCGAACCUGAUUACCAAUGCUGCUCGCAUGUCGAACCCAACGCCUACUACCGCCAGCGCUGUCCUCAGCUCGAACAGGCGGGCAUCGACGACGGCCAUGGCGCCCCUCUCGGUGUCGACUCACACGCACAGCGUCGCCAAUGGAGGUGGCGUGGCGCAAGACGCCGGGGGCUUGCUGACGCCGGGUGGCAAGGUCUGCAUGACGUGCGGCGUGGACGUCAGCCCCAGGUGGUAUCCGAUCGACAAGGCACAGGAGCGUGAGCUUACCAACGGCCAUCACGGUAAUCUGGGCGAGGAGGCGCAGAAGUUUGUUGAUCAGCGCACCUUCCAGUGCCACAAGUGCAAGAAGCUUGAGAAACAACCUGUGUCGCAUGCGCAGGCCCAGAUAAAGGCCGAGGCAGUCUCAUCAGAGCAACUCUCGGCACGGAACAAUGCCCACACGGCCAUGGCCCCUAUGGCUGCCGGGCCUAUCGUCGCACCGGUCGCUCUCGAGCGUGGUCCCCCGCCCGGACCGCCGCCACCUCCGGGCCACUGCGAACCCGUCGAUCCGCUUCCCAGGGCUACCCCGCCACUCACCAGCCCGCGCGCGCCAGGACUCGAGCAGACCCAGCCCAGGCUGGGCGCGUACGGCUGGCCAACGCCUCUGCAGCCUCCCCACCAGGUCGGUAUAGUCCAGCCCCCUGGCUCCAUGCAAGCUCAUGCACCGGCCCCGGCCCCGCCGAUGCAGACGCAUCCUCUCCAGCCCCCGUCGAUAGCGCCGCCGCCUCUGCCCCACGGCAUGCCGGGCCGGGUGGCCCCGCCAGUGGGUCAGCCUCCGGGGCCCGGGCCUGUAGCGCCGCCGUCUGCUCAUCACUACCAGCAGCCGCCGCCGGCCCCAGCGCCGUCGACUUACACGGACUGGCACCGCACGACGCAUCGUCCGUCGUCGAUCCAGCAGCCGGUGAACGGUGGACCCUCCCACCCGGGAAUAUCACAAGUCUCGGCCAGCCCGAUCUCGUCGCUUAUCCCGCCGACGCUUCGGCCGCCUCCCAUAUCGCACCCGCCGGCCGGCCCCCAUGCUGGGCCCCUGAUGAACGGCCACAUGGCACAGCCUCAUGCCAUGGUCAACGGUAUUCCCCAGUCUCGGCGUCUGAGCGGUCCGCCGCCGCCGCCGCCGCCUGCAGGCCCGGGACCGUACAUGCAGUCGUACCACCACCCCACUCAUCAUACUCCCCACAUGACCAACGGCAUGGCGCCGCCUCGUAUCGACCACGGGCAUGCAUUCUCGCAGAUGCUCACCCCACAUCGGGCUCCAUACCCGUCCCACGGAAGCCCUCCGGUCUCGAGAGAGCCUCCGCCACCACCAACCGGCGCAAGCACCAACCCGUCGCUUCGGAAUCUCCUGUCUUGAAAGGUUCACUUCAGAUGUGUCGCAUCGCCGGUUCGCCGAUUCGCCGAUUCGCCUGUUCGAUGGGACGCUGAUAGUGCGAUGCCCGCCCUUAUUAUCUGCGACUGUUUCCAAGCAUUGAGACGACCUGUCGCAUUAGCUCCAGUCCGCUGAACCGUGUAUAAAUUUGUCAUUUUCUUUCUUGCUUUCUUGUUUUCAUAUUCUUAUCCCGUUUGCUUUAGACCCUGUUUUCGGCGUCAGUUGUUGUUUGGGGUACCCAUAACACCAAGGGAACUCCCCUAGGUGUAGGUACUCCAAAACCGGAGGUAUUAGAAGGGGCAUUAUCAUGGCGGCAAAAGGAGUCAGGCUUUGAUUUGGACCAUGACGCGCUGCCUUUCGACGGGGCGUCAUCUUCUCACGGGAUCAAAACUCUGGAUUGUUUCGGUAUCUUUUUAAGCGAUCGUUAUAGAUCCACUGGUUUGUCGGCCCCCUCCUGGCUCUAUCCUCUGCUCUCCGCAGGAAGAUGCCAGGCCACCCGGCCGAGGGAGUACGGUGAUGGGUGGUUUGGAAGCGCGAAGAUGCCUUCCAAGAUAAUAACUACCUAGGUAGCAAAUUGAUGUUUCUGAAUGUACCUAUGCUGUGCUCCGUUGUUCAAGGCCUC